AUGGGGAUUUGUCUGCAGCUGAAACUACUUUUGUGGAAAAAUUUCACUUUGAAGAAACGGAAACCAGUUGUGCUGAUAUUUGAAUUAUUUAUUCCACUGGUGCUCUUCUUUAUUUUGCUAGGAAUAAGGAAAAAACAACCAGCAUAUCCUGUCAGUUCAUUCAAAUUUUCUGCCUACCCACUUCCAUCUGCUGGAGUCAUUGCCGUCAUGCAAGCAUUUUGCGACAACGGAGUGAGAUCCGAUGAUGGCUUCGCACAUUUUCCUAACAGUAGUGUUACUGAAUUUCUCGGGAAGUUAAAUAAUGUCUCACAGAAAAAUAAUUUUUUUCAACCUGAUUUCACGCCUAGCGACAUGGACGAAAUUCCAGACAUUUAUAAAUCUAUCAUUGAAGAUCCUGUUGCCGUUCAUGAUAGUUUUAGACGAGCAGCUGAUACCCCUAUUGGAGAGUUGAUAUCAAAUAAAUCUGAAUUUAUUCACAUAUUGGUUUCCAAUCUGUCUCUUCCCCAAGAUGAUCUAGAGGUCUUCCUAAACUCUUCUUUAGAUCCUGAAAAGCUGUACACAUUUCUUUUCGGAAAGUUUCCACAGUCGGGGUGGAGCCGAGAAAACAAGGUGGAGUCUUAUGCUCCGGUAAAUUGGAGCAACGAUAGGGAUCAGCCACUUUUCAUCGUAUCCAAUUCGUACAACUCCGUGGCUUCUUCCCAGCCCUCUCUGGAGCACCUGUAUGAUUUGAUCAGAUAUCUGGAAAAGCACAGAACCAGGUUCAAAGUGGUGUGGAGCCUGGUGGAAAAGAUCUUCAACUCUCAGUCCAAUGCGAGCUUCAGCAAUGAAGACAUGAAUGCAGUUGCUGAAGAGUUAAAGAGUAUCAUUUUGUCUCCCUCUGGCUUAAGGGAAUUGAUGUGUAAUAAAGAGGGGCUUCCAUUUGUUUUAAAGAAUGACGAUGUUGCAGUAUCCAACGCCACUGUGGAACUUCAGUCUUCCUUUUGUAAUCUAAACGACUCUUCUAUGAAACUUAUUUCUGACCAGCUGGAAAAAUCUCUAGAUGCUGAAAAACUCAGAGAAAUAUUACACUUGGAUGACUGGAAUAUUACUUUAGCUCAUCAAAGAUUACAAAAAUUAGCAGAUGAUUUAGUGAAGUUCAAUGAGUUUGAGAUAGCUUUGAAGCAGUUGAGCGAUUUGGCUUCUUCACUGCCCCAGGAUGCCUGCCUCACUCCAAACGACACUCUCUCCCUCAACGAUUCGUCUUCGUACAUCACCGACGGGGAUUCCUGGAAUGAACAUCCGAAAAAAGCCGUUCGCUCAAAUCCACAGUAUGGCCUUUUGAGAAUAUGGCUCGGGAUGCAGAAGACUAUCUGCGGCAAAGAGGGAGAUUUUCCGACCAGUCUACCUAAAGAUGGGGAUGAAAUCGAUUUUGACAAAUUGGGGAUGUCAAAAUAUCAACAGGAGCAGAUUGGAAUAUUAGUUCACGUUCUUUACAGCAAUCCUCGUGUUUUGUACGCCCCGAAUAACACUGCCGCCGAUGAAAUCAUUACAAAGGCAAAUGAGACCUUUGAAUUACUGGAUACUGUUACACAAUAUGCUCAAAAAAUGCUCAACAUAUCAGAAGAAAUUAGGAUAUUUUUGGCAGAAAAUAGUACUGAUCACUCUUUAGCUGUUUUGAAACAGAUUCAUCAAAAUUUUCAAAAGUACCCUUUAUUCCUGCAACUGUUUCACAGCCUUGCCCUGGAAGAGUUUGCUGCAAAUACUGUCAUCAUCGAUAAGGACGUGUUCUUGCAGCAACUGGAUUCUAUCGACAAUGCUGCGUGCAGCUGGAUUUCCCUGAUGUCCGGUCUGAGCCUAAACAUGUUCCAGGGCUUCCGGAAUGAAGACGACUUGCUCGGUUAUUUUAAAAAUGAAGCCUAUUUCGACAAUGUCACAGUGUUAGCCAGUGUCAUUUUCAAUAUGACGGAAGAUGGUUCCAUGCCGAAUCACAUGACGUACAAAAUCCGGCAGAAUGCCUCCUUCACCACCACCACCAAUCUGGUUCGCAGCAGGUUCUGGUUUCCUGGCCCGAGGAAUUGGGGAUACGGCUACUAUCAAUUUGGUUUCGUGUGGAUACAGGAUGUGCUCGAAAGGGCAAUGAUUAGCAUCUAUGCUGGCCAUGAUGUCACCGAACCUGGAACCUACAUUCACCAGUUUCCUUACCCAUGCUACAUACAAGACCAAUUUCUUUUCAUGAUUGAACAUGUUAUGCCCCUUUGUUUAGCUAUUUCAUGGGUUUACUCAGUGUCAAUGUUAGUUCAAAACAUUGUGUAUGAAAAAGAACAAAGACUAAAAGAGGUAAUGAAAACUAUGGGCCUCAAUAGUGCUGUGCAUUGGCUAGCUUGGUUCAUUACUAGCUUUCUUCAGAUGACCAUCACUGCUGCUCUUUUGACAGUCAUUCUCAAAUAUGGACUGGUCCUGACAUACAGCAAUCCACUUUUAAUUUUCCUCAUGUUAGAAAUAUUUGUUGUCGCCAACAUAGCAUUCUCAUUCCUUGUCAGUGUCUUGUACUCAAAGGCCAAGCUAGCUGCUGCUUGUGCCGGUAUCAUCUAUUUUCUUACUUAUGUUCCUUACAUGUACAUAGCUGUGCGAGAAGAGGCCGCCCAUGACCAUAUUCCUGUCUGGCUUAAAAGUUUGGCUUCAUUAUUGUCGACUACCGCUUUCGGCCUGGGGGCGAAAUAUUUUGCGUUCUACGAAGAGGUGGGGGUCGGAGUUCAGUGGUCCAACAUCGCCAUCUCUCCUGUGGAGGAUGACGAGUACAGUCUGCGCAGUGUGGCCCUCAUGAUGAUCACGGAUGCUGUCCUGUACUCUCUUCUGGUUUGGUACAUUGAAAACGUCCAUCCAGGCUCGUAUGGUUUGCCGAAGCCGUGGUAUUUUCCUUUCACCAAAAGUUACUGGUUCAGCAAUUCUAAAUCUGAUCAUGAGUGCAGUUGUUUGACCGACUGCUGGCGUUUUGUUUCUAAUCGUAAAAAGUGGGGUCUCUCGGUUAUUGACAAUGAACAAGCUUGUGCAAUGACCAAUCGCACAGCUGAUAAUCAGUACUUUGAACCAGAUCCAGCCAACCUUCCACUAGGAGUGUGUGUUGAAAAUUUAGUCAAGGUGUAUAAAUCUGGAAAUAAAGUGGCUGUCAAUAAGUUAAGUCUAAAUUUGUAUGAAAAUCAGAUUACUUCAUUUCUUGGGCAUAACGGAGCUGGAAAAACUACCACAAUGUCCAUCCUCACUGGUUUGUUCCCUCCUUCUUCUGGUUAUGCUAUAAUUUAUGCGCACGACAUCAGAACCGAAAUGGAUAUCAUUCGCCAAAGCAUGGGAAUGUGUCCCCAGCACAAUGUUCUCUUUGAAGAGUUAACAGUAGAGGAGCAUUUAUGGUUUUAUGCAAGUUUAAAAGGUCUGCAAGGGGAAAAACUAAAUGAAGAAAUUGACAAGAUGAUCGAAGAUUUGAACUUGCCCUUGAAACGGCACAGUAAGGUGAAAGCCCUGUCGGGAGGGAUGAAGAGGAAACUUUCGGUGGCCAUUGCGUUCGUAGGCGGUUCUAGAGUCGUGAUUCUGGAUGAGCCCACUGCCGGGGUGGAUCCUUAUUCCAGGAGAGCCAUUUGGGACCUCAUCCUGAAGUACAAAAUAGGUCGAACAAUUCUACUCUCCACUCACCACAUGGAUGAAGCGGAUGUUCUUGGGGACCGAAUAGCCAUCGUAUCCAAUGGGCAGCUACGUUGCUGCGGCUCACCGUUAUUUUUGAAAAACAAUCUCGGUGACGGGUAUCAUCUCUAUAUCGUGAAGAAUGACGAGUUCAACAUCGAUAAAGAGUACAAUGAAGCCAUCAUUUCCGAGUUCAUCAAGAAGCACGUGAGCUCGGCUUACCUCGAUUCGGAGAACAAGAGAGAGCUGCACUACAUCCUGCCCAUCAGCGAACUCCGCAAAGGGAGCUUCGAGAGGCUGUUCAACGCCCUGGAGACCAGCUUGCCCGGUCUGGGGAUCAGCAGUUUCGGAAUCAAGAACACCACCCUGGAGGAAGUGUUCUUGAAAGUGGCGGAGAAAGCUCAGAUGGAAGAUAUGUCGUGGGGAAGUGAGAGUCUCUCCAACAAACAAGGCAAAUCCGGUCAAUACGAUUCGGUGUCCCACCAGGAAGAAAACGGGAAACCGGACUCUUCCCCCCUCCCGCCACCAGAUGGCAGGCCGGCCCGGUACAAUGCGCCAAACGGCAGAAAGAGGUCUGCCGACGACGGUAAAGCAGAUUACUUUCAGUUGCCCCCCAAUCAGGUCAAAGACUCGGACGCAAACUUGGAGCCUCCCAUUAUCGGUCUCGACGGUGCGGGCAGCUACAAAGUGGAAGGCAAAAUGCUCCUGUUUCAGCAAUUUACGACGAUACUUUUGAAAAGGUUCUACUGCACGAGACGGAACUGGAAAGGACUCUUCUCCCAGAUUUUACUCCCUGCAUUUUUCGUGAGUGUCGCAAUGUCCGUUGCCCUGACAGCUCCGAAAGUGGAAGACUUGCCUCCUUUGACUUUGAGUCCCUCUCAGUAUUAUAAUUACACCCGGCCCGAUGGAAAUGCGAUCCCAUAUUCAAGAAACAGAUUUGAUAUAGAAGCUGGGGAAGACAGGUGGUCUCAGGAUGCCGAUUCGGAGAAAGUGUUUGCCACUCUCUACAUGCCGUCGGGCGUGGGGGCCACCUGCGUGCUGAAAUCUCCGUUCAACAACAGCUUCGACGAGAAGAUGAACUUCUCCGCCCGAAACUACGAUCUGCUGUCCGCUUUUUUCGAGCCAUCCUGCGAGAGCGUCUUCGUACCGGGGCUCCCCCUGGACAACUUUGUCCCCCCUCCCCCCACAAACGGACCACAUCUCUCGAGUUUGAUGGCCAACUUCACUACAAUACGCACAACAGAAUCGCCCAUGAAAUAUUAUCCCAGUUGCCACUGCUCGGACGAUAAAACGGGAUACAUAUGUGAUGAGUAUUAUAUGGAUCCCCCCUCUUUCAAAGUGGUUACGAGUGACGUUCUGCUCGACAUCAGUGGACAAAACGAGCACGAGUACUUUUUGUACACCACCGGAAUGUACCGACUGAGAAGAUAUGGAGCCUUUUCCUUCGGUUUACUUCGCGAGUAUGUGCCGAAAAACUUUGGAAAAAAUGCUCCGCCUCUGUUCCGAAAAGUCGCCGUGAGAAAUGUGGCUAAGGUGUGGUACAACAAUAAAGGGUACCACAGUAUGCCAACAUAUGUAAAUAGCAUAAAUAACGCAAUUCUGAGGUCAAAUAUUCCUCCAUCCAUGGGAAAUCCAUCUGCAUACGGAAUUACAGUCAUUAAUCAUCCUAUGACAGAUACAUCAUACUUAUUGUCUAAGGACCAAAUCGUUCAAGGAACGGAUGUCCUCAUUGCCAUUUUCAUCAUCGUCGCCAUGUCCUUUGUCCCUGCCAGUUUUGUUUUGUUUCUUGUGUAUGAGCGCUACACUAAAGCCAAGCACUUGCAGUUUGUGUCUGGUGUAAAUGCUGUGAUAUACUGGGUCGCCAAUUAUUUUUGGGAUAUGUGCAGUUACGUAGUUCCUGCCACCUGCUGUGUUCUUAUUCUAUUGAUAUUUGAUAUUCCUGCAUAUACAUCCCACAAAAAUUUUCCUGCCGUGGUAUCUCUGUUUCUCAUCUAUGGGUGGUCAAUCACUCCCGUGAUGUAUCCGGUCUCCUUCCUCUUCAAAGAGCCGAGCACUGCCUAUAUUUUUCUCAUCGUUAUCAACUUGUUUGUGGGAAUUACUUGCAUAGUUACGUCUUUCCUGCUCGAAGUAUUCUCGGAAGAUGCUUAUUUAGGAGAAGUGCACAAAAUGCUGAAGACCACAUUUUUAUUGUUUCCUAACUAUUGUCUUGGUCGGGGCCUUAUGGAUAUUGCAUUUAAUGAAUAUCAGAACUUUUUUCUUUUCAAAACAGGUCAGUAUGACAAAAUGAAGUCUCCUUUCGCAUGGGAUCUAGUGACCCGUAAUUUGGUCGCCAUGGCAUUUUCAGGACUGGCUUUCUUUUUCAUUACUCUGCUCUGUGAGUUCAACUUUUUCAGGAAACCAAAGGACAUCCAGCUGCCAGAUUAUUCCCUCGACAUCGAGGACGAUGAUGUUGCGGCCGAGCGGAAGAGAGUCUUGACUGGACAGGCCAAUUCAGAUGUACUGCAUCUCAUCGAUCUCACAAAAAUUUAUAACUCCAGAAACAUGAAAAAGCUCAUUGCUGUAAAUAAAUUGUGCCUGGGUGUGCCUGAAGGAGAGUGUCUGGGAUUGCUGGGCGUGAAUGGAGCCGGAAAAUCUACUACAUUCAAAAUGCUGACCGGUGAUACGAAAGUUACAGCUGGAGAUGCUUUCUUAAAUGGCUUCAGCAUAAAGAAAGAUUUGCGAAAAGUGCAGCAGUUUAUCGGUUACUGCCCCCAGUUUGAUGCACUGUAUGAUGAAUUGACAGCUAGAGAGCACUUGAAGCUCUACUCUAAGUUCCGAGGCAUCCCACCAAAUGAAGAAGACAAAGUAAUCGAGUGGGCCUUGAAGAAGCUGGACUUGGUGAACUAUGCUGACAGAGUAGCUGGCACCUACAGUGGAGGGAACAAGAGGAAGCUGUCCACUGCCAUUGCUCUUUUGGGAGCACCUGCCAUUAUUUUCUUAGAUGAGCCCACCACUGGCAUGGAUCCUUAUACGAGACGUUUUCUCUGGGAUCUCAUCAUAGAGCUUGUUAAAAGUGGGAGAUCCGUUGUCCUGACCUCUCACAGCAUGGAGGAGUGUGAGGCCCUGUGCACUCGCCUGGCCAUCAUGGUGAACGGCAACUUCAAGUGCCUGGGCAGCAUCCAGCACCUGAAGAACCGAUUCGGAGAAGGUUACUACAUCGCUGUCAGGACGGAAGUGGGGGAGCUCGAAGCCAUCAAGAGGUGGUUCCGGAAGACCUUCCCCGACGCCCGCUUGAAGGAGCAACACUACAAUUCCCUACAAUUCGAACUUAAAUCUGAUUGCAUAUCAUUAGCAUAUGUGUUUUCAAGGAUGGAGCUGGCUCUUCAAGACCUGCCCAUAGAAGAGUACUCUGUCUGUCAGAAUACAUUGGAUAAUGUGUUCAUCAACUUUGUGAAGCAGCAAUCUGACGGUGUGAGAGAUCCCGCCCUACUUUCUCAUCUCUUUUCGCCCACAUCUGCAGACAUUGAAGAAGCCCUGGAAGACCCCAGUGACAAUGUGGCCUCACACCUCACCAGGUCACAGGCUUGUGCUCUAACCUGUAUUGGCCCCGAGCAGACAAUACAUUGUUGGGGAACCGGGACCAGUAUUUAA